UGGCAUCCCCAUGGAGGCCCUUUCUCUCCCCAACUUUCCCUCGUGUGUGAAAUGCAGACCACUGAAUCUAUUAACUUCCCAGGCCUUGGAAUUCCAUUUUCGCACAUACUGCCACCGCUAAACGAUUUCUGAAUUUUUUGUUGUUACCCCCUCAGCUAGGAGUUCCAUUUGCCAAGCAUUUUAGCAGCAGAAAAGGCAAUUCUGUGGGCCGAUGCAUUUGUGUUUAGCAGGCACAGAUAUCUCCAAAUAACCCUCCUAUCUUCACACUGGUGGCUUUUGAAUUGUUCAGGGUUUUAGAAAUAUCAUAAUCUCAUUCUAUUAAAUAUUAAGGGACUCUUUCGUAUUCCCUGAGCCUUAAGGUUACGUUAUGCAAAUCUGUUCGAGUGUGUUUCCAUGGUGCAGAAUAAAAGUUAUGCUAGGGUUUUUUGAAGCAGCAUGACUAUAAACGUCACUCCUGUCACUGACUUUCACAAGAGCCCACUUGCUGUGAAAUAUUUUGAAAACAGAGCUGAAGUGGAGAUAACGCAGAGCACAAACAGGCGGAAAUAAGAAUAAACCGUGCGUGGCAGGCAGAAACCCGGAGGUUGGCUGUUUCUGGAGGGGAAAAGAAGGCUCUGUAAACCUGGAGGAGAAACCACGCGGGCCACUGUUUAGGGGCCUCCUGGGGGUCGUUUCCCUUGCCCCCUCGGGUUGGGGGGCUCCUCCAGGCCAAGGAAGCGGCCCCCUAAAACCGCUUCCGAGACUGCAGCUUCUCUCCCCACACUCUCAAGGAGCAGAGCCUUCUCGGGCCACAAUUCUCCGCGACCCAAAAAUAACUACACAGAUGUGAGGAAAAGGGCCAAAACCUACAGCACAAGGCAGUACUUAGUUAGAGCCUUAUCGCUUACGGCCAGGAAGCUCAAAACCCAACCCAGCGCCAGCCUUUUAUAGCCGGUCCCUCGAGCCCCGCCCUAGCAACUUCUCCUAGCAACGCCUCGCCCCGUGCUCUGCCGCCUUAUCUGCCUCCGCCAGGCCUUUCCUGUUCCCCUCCCCCAACCCGCGCCGCCCGCCCGCCCGGCUCACUUGACCCGCCCCAGGGGAGGGGAGGGGUGAACGGAAGCGUGAGGGGUGGGGCGUUGGAAGAUGCUUCGCGUCAUCAAGAUGCGCCGGGCGAGUUGCGGCGCCUGGUGUCUCGGGGAGGCUUGAGGUUCGGGUAGUCGUUGACAUGGCGGAGGCCGCGGCGCUGGUGUGGAUUCGCGGCCCUGGCUUCGGGUGCAAAGCGGUGCGGUGUGCCUCGGCUCGUUGCACUGUCCGGGAUUUUAUCCACCGGCACUGCCAAGAUCAGAAUGUUCCAGUGGAAAACUUCUUUGUGAAAUGCAAUGGAGCACUCAUUUACACCAGUGACACAGUGCAGCAUGGAGCUGUUUAUAGUUUGGAACCCAGACUUUGCGGUGGAAAAGGAGGUUUUGGAUCUAUGCUCCGAGCACUUGGUGCUCAGAUUGAGAAGACAACCAAUCGAGAAGCUUGUCGGGAUCUCAGUGGAAGGAGACUACGCGAUGUCAAUCAUGAAAAAGCAAUGGCUGAAUGGGUAAAACAACAAGCCGAGCGAGAGGCUGAAAAGGAGCAGAAACGGCUAGAGCGACUGCAGCGGAAGCUUGUAGAACCCAAGCACUGCUUCACCAGCCCUGACUACCAGCAGCAGUGCCAUGAGAUGGCUGAGCGUCUGGAGGAUUCCGUCCUCAAAGGUAUGCAGGCUGCCUCCAGCAAGAUGGUUUCAGCAGAAAUCAGUGAGAAUCGGAAACGGCAAUGGCCUACUAAAUCUCAAACAGACAGAGAAGCCAGUGCGGGAAAGAGGAGAUGCUUCUGGUUGGGCAUGGAGGGACUAGAGACUGCAGAAGGGUCCAGCUCUGAGAGUUCAGAUGAUGACAGUGAAGAAGCACCAAGCACUUCAGGAAUGGGUUUCCAUGCUCCAAAAAUUGGUGGCAGUGGUGUCGAGAUGGCAGCAAAAUUUCCCAGUGGUUCUCAGAGGGCGAGAGUAGUGAAUACAGACCCUGGAUCACCAGAACAACUGCAGAUCCCGGUGACUGACUCUGGGAGGCAUAUUUCAGAAGACUCAUGUGCUGAGCUGGGGGAGUCCAAAGAUCACAUGGAAAGCAGGAUGGUUACAGAAACAGAAGAGACCCAGGAGAAGAAGGCAGAGAGUAGAGAACCCAUAGAAGAGGAACCCACUGGGGCUGGACUGAAUAAGGAUAAAGAGACAGAAGAAAGGACUGAUGGGGAAAGAGUUGCUGAGGUAGCAUGUGAAGAAAGGGAAAACGUUGCCGUUGCCAAACUGCAGGAAAGCCAGCCAGGAAACGCAGUUAUUGAUAAGGAAACUAUAGAUUUAUUGGCGUUCACCUCUGUUGCAGAACUGGAGUUGCUGGGUUUGGAGAAGCUCAAAUGUGAACUGAUGGCCCUUGGACUGAAAUGUGGGGGCACUCUGCAGGAGCGGGCAGCAAGACUCUUCUCUGUCAGAGGACUGGCAAAGGAGCAAAUUGACCCGGCUUUAUUUGCCAAGCCUUUGAAAGGGAAGAAAAAAUGAGUAUCAUCAGAGCUGAUUCCUAUUUCUUUAUAGUGUCUACCAUUUACAACCUGCAUAAUGUGGACUCUUGACCAGUAUUCCUGUUGAUAUUAAAAGCUACUUUUUUAGUAACCCAAUUCUAACUAUCCCCUUUUUCCUUGUUAGGGUUGUAGAAUUAAUGUCUGAAACCAUCUGGGCCUUAAAUUUUCUUUGUCUGGUUUUCUAUAAUGUAUUUAGUAAAUAUAGGGCUAUUCACAUUUUUUGGUUUGAUCUUGUGUCAUUUAGGUAAUGAAUCUAUCCAAAGAAUCUAUCCUUUUGACCUAGGUUAUCAAAUUUGUAGACAUAAGGUUAUUUAUAAUGGUCCCUUCUUACCCUUUUAAUGUCUUUAAGAGCUGUGUUGAUAAUUUCCUUUUCAUUAUGACACUGGUAAUUUCUGUUCUCACUUUCCUAAUCAGGUUGGGUAGGGGUUUAUCAGUUUUACUGAUCUGACUUUUUAUUUUUAUUUUUUUUUGAGACAGUGUUACACUGUCGCCCAGGCUGGAGUGCAGUGGCGCGAUCUCGGCUCACUGCAAGCUCCGCCUUCCAGGUUCAUGCCAUUUUCCUGCCUCAGCCUCCCAAGUAGCUGGGACUACAGGCACCUACCACCACGCCCGGCUAAUUUUUUAUAUUUUUAGUGGAGACUGGGUUUCACUGUGUUAGCCAGGAUGGUCUCGAUCUCUUGACCUCGUGGUCCACCCGCCUCGGCCUCCCAAAGUGCUGGGAUUACAGGCGUGAGCCACCGCGCCUGGCCGACGAUUUAACUUUUAAAGAACCAACCUUUGGUUUUAUUUUUCUCAAUUGUUUAUAUAAUUAAUUUCUGUUAUUUUCUUUCUUCUAUUUAGCUUGAGUCUCCUUUGAUCUUUUUUCUUUAGUUCCUUAAGAUAAGCCUUAGGUCAUUGAUCUUAGACGUUAUUUAAAAUACAUAUUUAAAGCUAUACAUUUCCUUUUAAGCAUUACUUUAGUUGCGACUUUACAAUUUUAUUAUGUCGUAUUUUUAUUAUUCAAUUCUAAUUUUCUUUUUUUUUCUUUUUGAGAUGGAAUUUCGCUUUUGUCGCCCAGGCUGGAGUGCAGUGGUACGAUCUCAACUCACUGCAACCUCUGCCUCCUGGGUUCAAGCGAUUCUCCUGCCUCAGCCUCCUCAGUAGCUGAGAUUACAGGCUCCAGCCACCAGGCCUGGCUAAUUUUUGUAUUUUUAGUAGAGAUGGGGUUUCACCACAUUGGCCAGGCUGGUCUCGAACUGCUGACCUCAGGUGAUCCACCCACUUUGGCCUCCCAAAGUGCUGGGAUUACACGUGUGAGCCACCAUGCCCAGCCUCUGAUUAUUUUCUAAUUUCCUCCCUCAAUUCUUCUUUGACCCAUGGAUUAUCAGAAGUGGGUUGUCUGAUGAGCAAACAUUUGGUUUUUUUCCUCUUAAUAUCUUCUUGUUGCUGAUUUCUACUUUAAUUCCAUUGAGGUCAGAAAAUAUCCUCUUUCUGAUUUCAGUCCUCUUAGUUUUAUUGAGACUUGUUUUAUGACCCAAUAUAUUGUCUGUCAUGGUGAAUGUACCACACACAGUUUAAAAGAAUGCGUAUUUUAGGCCAGGUGUGGUGGCUCAUGCCUGUAAUCCAGCACUUUGGGAGGCUGAGGUGGGAGGAUCAUUUCGAGACCAGCCUGGGCAGUGUAUAGCAAGACCAUGUCUCUAAGAAAAACAAUAUGUAGUUUGAAUUGUUGGGUUAAUAUGUUUUGUAAUAUCGAUGAGAUUAAGUGGUUGAUAGUAUUGUUCAGAUCUUCUAUGUCUUUACUGAUUUUUUUAUUUCUAUCAGGUGCUGAGAAAUGAUGUUAAAAUCUUCAAUUACGAUUGUGGAAUUGUCUAUUUCUUAAAUUCUACCAGUUUUUGUAUGAAGCUCUAAUAACUUAAGUCUUCCUAAUGUAUUGACCAUUUUAUCAUUAUGAAAUUUCCCUCUGUCUCUGGUCAUUUGGGUUUAAAAUCUACUUUAUCUUAUGUGAAUAUAGCCACUGCAGCCUUCUUAAGCUUAGUGUUUGCACAGUAUACCUCUUUCUAUUAACUUACUUUGUGCUUCUGUGCCUAUUUAAAGUAGUUUCUUUAAACAACAUAUACUUGAGUCUUGCAUUUUUAUCUAUUCUCUCUGUAUCUUUUAAUAAGUUUAUUAACAUUAAAUGUAAUUAUUAAUAGGUUUCUAAUAUUUUACAUGUUUCCUGUUUAGAUAAGGUUAUUUUAUAAUUGUAUUUUAAUUCAUUGGCUCUUUAGCUAUACUGUUUUAAUAAUUUUUUUAAGUUGGAUGUUCUAGUGAUCACAAUAUACAUUCUUAAUUUUUCAGUCUACCUAGAGUUGAUGUGCCACUUCACAUAAAAUGUAGAAAUCUUGUAAGUAUGUACAUCCAUUUAUCAUACCUGUCUUUUAUGCUGUAGUUGUCAUACAUAUUAAAUCUACAUAUUUAAAUAUUGUAAGUCCUGUCAUAAGUUACAGUUUCUGCUUUAAAUAAUGAUAUGUAUUUUAAAGAAAUUAAGAGGAAAAAAUAAAAUCUUUUCUAUUUAUUCACA